AUGUCUGACGUUUGGGCGUUGUUUGACUCUGACGAACCCGUCGAGUUGAAUUCGGCAAAACUGUGUAAACAUUUUUCCUCCUCGGCGCUCCGACUCGACGAAGACGUGGUUGUCGCAUCUUCGACAUCUCGCGAACGCGUCUACGCAAGACUUGAUGCAGGAAAAAUCGCGAGCGAGCAUCCAUUCUUCGCCCCGACUCGUGCUCUUUGGCCAGCGCAUGAACUUGUCGACGAUUCAUCAAACAUGAACAUGCGAGUGCGCGCAUUCGUUGAGUCGCUCACUGUCGACGCCUCUGAGCGGGCAGGCAUCAUCGCCGAAAGGCUUCGAGGAUGCCAGCCGGAGGGGCAGGUUGCGGCGGAGGCUCUUAUUAGAGCUCAAACAGCUUGCGGUGCCAGGGAUUGGCCGUUGACGCUCCUCUCCGCUGUCCACUGCAUGUCCGCCCACUCCCGCCAACUUGAUAUAGGUGAUUGGCCUAACUACUCAUGGCAGUUGUCGCACUUCUUUGCUCUCGGCUUUUACAUCGGCGCUAGACUAUCCAUAAAUAUGAUGAGGAAUGGUGAAACAGUAAUCGAGCAAAAUACAAGUGAAAAUACGAUAAAUAAAUCUGCAAUUGAUAAUAACCGGCGGGCUCACAUCCCCACUGCGGAGGCCAUGAACAAAGCGUAUGGGAAAUGCGAAACAGUUUGCUAUGCUGCAGCUGUGAGACUUUCUCAACCACAAGGCUCGCUUUCAGACUACCAACAACUGACUCGUGUUGUUAUUGAGGCACUGAAUAUGGCUACUCUAGUCCCUGAUCCCUCGAUGGUUCCAACUUGGCUUGGCACAGGUAUUCUCCUUGCAGAGAAACUGUGCGUCAAAGUGAAGUCUUGGAAAGAAACACUUAAUGCAGCGCUGAAACCAAAUCGCAACCCUGAGCAUUGUCUUGUCAAACCUCAUAAGGGCUUGAGACACAAAUCAGCAUACAUAGUUCCCAAUACACUUCCCCAUGGCUCGCCGCAAAUUUGUCCUACGCGCGCCGUGAAUCGACAGCCUUCAUGCUCCCUUUCAGUGCCUGACUUUUUCAACCUAUUUGUAAUGAGAGAUGUUCCUGUUGUGAUAACAGGCCAAAUGUCGCGCGCACAUGGGUGGGCCGGCCUUGAACAAUGGAGAGACUUGAGCUUAUUAGUUGCUAAUCGCGCCAUGGAAGCGCGGCUGGUCCCUGUUGAGUUCGGCGGUUUCGGGGAUCGCAAAGGUGCUGAUAUCAUUUCGCUAGGCAACUUCGUGGAUGAAUAUCUGGUCCCUUCAAAUACCGAACACAUCCCGUUCAGCGGCGCUGCAUGGAAUACUUUGAACAGCCGUGACAAUGCGCAUGGACAGCAUUUUCAGCCGUGCUGUACGCAUGUUGCCUACAUGUCACAACACGCACUUUUUCACCAGUUCCCUGAUCUGCAGAAAAUGUUUUCGAUCCCCUCCUACACGCUUGGUCGUCUUCGACCUGACACCGGAGCUGUAAAUGUCUGGAUUGGGACCAAGAACACAAUCACUGCGCUCCACCGCGACCCGUAUAUGAAUAUUCUUGCGCAGACUGCUGGAUAUAAGUAUGUCAGGCUUUAUUCUGCAGAUCAAACCAAAUUCCUAUAUGCAGAACCGGCCUUACGAGAUGGCAACGGGAACACGUUUGAGCGCAGCCUCGUAGCUGUUGAAGCUCCCGACUUCGAGCUUUUCCCACUUUUUGCGCAUGCAAAAUUUGCAGAAACCUUGCUCGGACCCGGGGACAUGUUGUUCAUUCCCAAAGGAACAUGGCAUCAUGUUCGAAGUCUGACAACAAGCUUCAGUAUAAAUUUUUGGUGGAAAUAA